AUGCCUAAGAGGACAUUCAUCACCAAGUCGUCAGCCAAGGUCCGCGGCAGGAAGGAAAUUAAGGAGCGUUUCACCGUCUUGUUCACCACUAAUGCUACGGGAUCAUGCAGGAUGAAACUGACAGUUAUCCAUCGAGCAAAGAAGCCCAGAGCCUACAAACGACAAGAUAUGACGAGGCUUAAUGUGAACUGGCUUACAAGCAAGAAGGCCUGGAUGUCGGGGAAGCUGUCAGUGGAUUGGUUUAACAACUUCUUCGUUCCCGAGGUCCGGGCCUUUUGUGAGGCACAAAACAUCUGCUUCAACAUUCUCUUGUUGCUAGAUAAUGCUCCUGGCCAUUCUCCUCUACUACGAUCAGCACAUCCGAACAUACGAGUGGAAUUUCUACCCCCUAAUACGACAUCUCUCAUCCAGCCGAUGGACAUGGAAAUAGUCUCGUGUGUCAAGGCUGCUUACUCCUGUAAACAAUUCAGGAGGAUGCGCUUUGCAACUGAGGAUGAAAAUGCUGUGCAGAUGCUGGUCGACAGUGAGGAAGGGGAGGACCAAGAGGAGGAGGAGGGAGGGGGGGACGUAGAAACAGAGGCAGAGCAGCAAGUCAAGCAGUACUGGCGGGCAUUUAACGUCAAGGAAGCGAUCGACUUAAUGGUUGAGUGUUGGGAUGCAGUGACGCCAGCGACCGUAAACCACGCCCGGAGAAAUGUGUUAAGAGGGUUUGCCUGA